CGCACAUAAAUCAUGUUAACUGAAAUUCCACCAUUAAUUAGUUCAUUUCGCGUUCGUAAAACAGAAGAGAUUUAAAGUUGUUAAAUAUAAUCGGAAACAAUGCGGACGACAACAGACAUGAUUGUGAUUGGAAUGUAUAUUAUUGCUUUCGUGUUUUUGACGAAAACAGAAGCGUUUUGCAUAGCCAGUCUAAAAUAUCAAGAUCAGGGCUCCGAAUGUGUCUACAGGGACCACAAGUUUGAGUCCGGUACGACGUACAAGGCGCCGGCUCCGUACUGCGUCCAGUGCACGUGUGACAAUGGGGACAUGCCUUGUUGUGGGUACGGCAAAAAUGCUGGCAAAAUUAGUAUACGUGGAUGCAGGCAAAUAAGCCGCCUGGAUAGCUGUGAAAUUGUUUUCGUCGAUGAAAAUCAGCCCGAUCGACCAUGUCAAUAUUUUAGAUGAUAUAAGAGGUCAUAAAUAAACAUUUGAAUUUUUACAGCUAUAGCUGAUAUCUUGAUAAAUGUUGCAUUUGGUAUGUUGCCGUACAUUAAUUUUGAUAAAACUAUGUAAUCCC